AAUCAGUUAAUAUCACGUGCUCUAAUUUUUCUCAUUCAAUUGCAUCGCCUAAAUCUUUCCUAUAAAACAGCGGUCUUGAACAAAACUUCAACCACACUGCUCGUUCCAACCCACCAUUUCUUUUCUUCCCUUCAUUUCUGUUUACUUUCUCCGCCCAGAAAUCUCAACCCGCCGACAAUCCGGACCUCCAAUUUUCCCCAUGGACUGGGUUCGAGGACAUGAAAUUGGACAUGGCAGUUUCGCCACCAUCAAUCUCGCGCUGCCUUCUAAAACUUCUGCUGCUCAAUUUCCAUCAUUAAUGGCGGUUAAAUCAUCUGGAGCUGUCUGCUCUUCCUCGCUUAAGAACGAGAAGCAAGUUUUGGAUCUUCUCGGUGAUUGCCCACAAAUUGUUCGGUGUUUUGGCGAGAGCUGCACCCUCGAGAAUGGCGAGCAGUUUUAUAAUUUGUUUCUGGAAUAUGCUAGCGGCGGGAGUUUAGCUGAUAGGAUACAGACCCGCGGUGGUCGCUUGCCUGAAUUUGAGGUUAGGAGGUAUACGAGGACGAUUCUCGAAGGGCUUCGGUAUAUUCACGGAAAAGGAUUUGUUCACUGCGAUGUAAAACCCGGGAAUAUUCUCGUGUUCGAUGACGGGGAUGUUAAAAUUGCCGAUUUCGGAUUGUCGAAGAAAGCGGGAAAAAACAGAGCAGAAACAGAGCAAGAGAGGAAAUUCCAGCUGAGAGGCUCUCCUCUGUACAUGUCGCCGGAAUCGGUGAGUCAUAACGAGUACGAGUCACCUUGUGAUAUAUGGGCCGUUGGAUGCGGGGUGGUGGAGAUGUUGACAGGAAAACCCGCCUGGAAUUGCCGCCCGGAAUCCAACAUCUACUCUAUAUUGCUUCGAAUUGGAAUCGGAGAGGAGUUGCCGGAAUUUCCUAAAGAUCUCUCGGAGGAAGGGACGGAUUUUCUCGGAAAAUGCUUCAUCAAGGAUCCGACGAAGAGAUGGACGGCCGAGAUGCUUUUGAAUCACCCAUUCGUAGCAGACGCCGGAAAGUCUGCUCCACUGACGGCCAUGGAGGAAGCAUCGACAUCGCCGAGGUGCCCUUUCGAUUUCGAAGAUUGGGCAUCGGUUGAGUCGCAGGAGAUGGAUCAAAGAUUUUGGUCGAAUUCGUCGUUUUCGUCUUCCCCGACGGAGCGGCUGCUUCAGCUGGUGGACAACGAGGCAGUUGAUUGGUCUGUCGCUGACAGUUGGGUCACCGUCAGAUGAUUUUAAAUCGGGGUUUAAUUCGGCAGUCAGUGGACGUAAAAGACGGAGGGAUAUCAAUUACGAUGGGGUUGAGGAAAUUUUUUUUGGAGGAUCUUCAAUCGAAAUCGAAAUGAACGGUGCAGGAUUCAUUUGGUUUGUUGAUUAAUUUUAAUAUGUGUAAAUACCUAAUUUGGUGAAAGAUAGAUAGGUAUACACACCACACGGUUGAGUUGAUGGAUGGACACACCAAAUAUGGUGUGGUCCACUGUACAUAAAAACAAUUUCUUCGUUGAUAUGUGAAACAAUUAAAUAAAUAAAAAAAUCAUUGCUUUCCCAUCAAA